AAAUUUUGAAUUUGUGUUGUGUUGCUGCUGUAAAUUUGUUUAUUUACACGAAAAAAUGUCUUCAAAUUACCCCAAUCAUAAGCCAAAUGACCGUUUAAAAAGAGCCAAAAGUGAAAUAUCACAUAAUCGAAUUUCAGCAGAAACUCUUAGGACUGAAUUUCGAACACAAUUUUUCAAUAGACUGAGGAGUACCCGCAGUAAGAGUGUUGACAGAUUCCGGCAAAUUGUUGAGGAUUAUGGAGAUACAAUUAAGUCUAUAAGUGACGUACGUAGAAUAUUACUCGAAGAUAAGGUCGCAUCGAGUUUGCUACAGUCUGAACAAGUGAAUGAAUUACUAAAUUUAAUUGAAAAGGAAUUAGAGCAGGUCCAUCUAAAUAAGGAAACUGAAGAGUAUGUGAAUACUAUGCAAAACGAAACUGAGGACACGGUGAACAGACUUCUCAACAUUUGUCACGGAUGUGGCAGAAUAUGCGAAGAUAGUAUUUGUACUAGUUGUGCAACUGCGUUUUCUACUGACUUUAAUUAAAUUUCUGAUUGACUGUUUGUGUUAUAUGAUGUUUCUAUUUAUUAUCGACUGUUGAAUAUAUUCAAUGUUAUGUUUAGUG